CAACUACCGUAAUGAGCAGCGUGUAGGGCUGAGUCGCCGGCGGCGCACCAAAAUUUUCUUCACUGUUUGCCAACGUUUAGUGGUCUGUUUUUGAGCUCCGACUAAAUCGGGGCUUAAAAUGGCAUUCACCGCCUGGACUGCAGUGUCCCAGUUGCUGCUUUGAUCUGGCCGCAGCAUGCUGAGCUCGGGUCCGAGCGGCGAGUGCGCUCCAGCGGAGCAGGAAGGCUCGUCGCCGCCUUCCUGCAACGGGGAGCAGCCCACUACGGCCGUGGCAAACAAUAAAGAGAAGAAGACGCCCAUGUGCCUGGUCAACGAGCUGGCCCGCUUCAACAAAGUCGGACUCCAGUACAGGCUCGUCGACGAAUCGGGGCCGCCGCACAAGAAAAGCUUCACCGUAGUGCUGCGCCUCGCGGGCCACGAGGAGUACCAGGCAACGGGAUCGAGCAUCAAGCGGGCGCAGCAUGCAGCAGCGCAACGGGCCCUGGAUGAGACAUCCCUGGCACGGCCGGUGUCACGGGCCCCACAGCGUGCUCAGGGGCCCCUGACACCCACGGUGGAGCUGAAUGCGCUAGCCAUGAAGAGGGGCGAGCUGGCCACAUACCGUGUGGUAGAACUACCCCGCAGGGCUUACAUGCCUCCGCUCAACUUCCAGGGCAUGUGCCACUCACCACGAGGCCCCUGCCUUUACUCGCCACACUACCGGCACAUGAAUGCUGCACCGGGUGGCUACUGUGCGACGCUAGAUGUGGGGCCGCGUCGUUUCCAUGGCGAGGGCCCCACAGAGCAGGCAGCGCGCCAUGCGGCGGCACAGCAGGCCCUGGCCCAGUUGAGGAACCUGCCCUUGCGGCCAACACCCCCACAGCCUACACCAGGUGCAGCUGCAGAUGCAGAUGAAGCCAGUGAUGAGCUCAAGUCUCCUGUCAGCCUGGUGCAUGAACUGGCCCUCAAGCGUGGGCUGUCGGUCGUCUUCCAGGUGGUGCAGGAGAGCGGCCCGCCUCACAUGCGCACAUUCCGGACACGCUGCACAGUGGGUGAGAUAAGUGCUGAAGGGGAAGGCAAUGGCAAGAAGGCCUCCAAGAAGGAGGCCGCCCAGGGAGUGCUGGAGCAGCUGCGCAAGCUGCCGCCUAUUGAGCCGCCCCCAGGAUCGGCCGUUACUUCGACCAUCCCCGGCAGCGUGCUGCUGCAGAAGCGCAGGGCGCCCCCCAAGAAGCGAGCCCGCAACCUGGUGCGUGACCAGCAGGCUGCAGCACCACCGUGCGAGGUGAACCCCAUAUCCCGGCUGAUCCAGAUCCAGCAGGCAAAGAAGGAAAUGGAGCCCACCUACGUACUGGUGUCUGAAAGGGGGGACCCUCGACAGCGCGAGUUUGUUCUUCAGUGUAAGCUGGGAAACCUCACUGCCCAGGGCGUGGGUCCCAACAAGAAGACUGCCAAGCGACUGGCAGCUGAAGCAAUGUUGCAGCGACUGGGAUACUCGCGCCCACCAGCUGCCAACCAGGCCGGCGGUGGGACGGGGGCUACAGUGGAUGGGACGGAGCAGCUGCCUUCUUCUGCCAAUGCUUCUAGCACUGCUGCUGCCCGUGGAAUAAUGUCUCCCCUCAGCCCCCGUGGUGGUCGCCAGCUUGUGCCGGGCCUGUUGCUCGUGCCUAGCCAAGGGGCCGGUGGUGCGGGCCCAGCAGGUGUGGGUUGUGGUGUGGCCGGUGGCGGUGCCGGAACCGGCACGGGGAAUCGCCUUGCAUCAACCGGUGACCUUCAGGCAAGCUCAGCGAUAGCAAAAGAACUGCUCGACAAAGGUGUGUCCCCUACGGCUGAAGCUCUCCGACAGACUGCUCCCGUGGCGGCGGCUCCGGUUCGUCCCAAGCAACAGUUGCUCUACCUCGCAGAGGUUCUGGGCUUUCAGGUGCAAUUCACAGACUUUCCCAAGGGAAACAAGCAAGACUUCCUGUCGCUGGUGACGCUGAACACGAGCCCACCACAAGUGAGCCACGGCGCAGGCUCCUCACUGGAGGCAUCCCACGACGAGGCUGCACUGGCGGUGUUACGGACACUUGCACACCGAGGAUUGGACACGCUGGGCCAACCGCCGGCAAAGGACACACCCGAGCCACCGCUGCGUCUGCGCCAAUAAACAUCGCCUGCUGCCCCA